GAGAGAGAGAGAGAGAGAGAGAGAGAGAGAGCACUAAUUUGUUUGAUGAGUGGGACUAUGGCUUUUUCUACUCUUUAGCUCAUCAUGAUAUGAUGUAAUUUUCAUUUUGGUUUUUGUUUUGUUUUGUUUUGUUUUUGGGUCUAUUUUCUUAUCCAUUUUAUUAACAAAGAGUUGCAUCAAUUUGAGUGGAUAUGUAAAUGAAAAAAAAAUCAAAAAAUCAAAAAAUCAAAAAAAAAAAAAUUAAAUGGAUAGAGAAAGAGAGAUAAUGGGGAAACUCCCAUAUCCAUUUUUACCAUUCUACUGCUUAUACUAAGCCCUCUCUUUCUUCUUUCCUAUUCUCUUCAGCUUCUUCCAUGAGUUCAUUCUUUGUUGGGUUUUCUUCUUCUUCUUCUUCAGCUGCAAUUUCCACUGCUAUCUUUAAUCAUUUGAAUGUGUUUCUGCUUUAUAGAUCUUUGCAGGUUUGUUAUCUCAAGGGUCAAACAUUGAUACCCACAUGAUUGAAAUGCUUGUUUUCUCUGUUUUUUGAUAACUUGGGUAUUCUUGGAUUCAUUUGCUGGGUUUUGGGGUUUUGGGUUUUGAGGGUUUUGUUUUUGUUUCUUUUCUUUUUUUUGAUUAACUAAGCUUGGGAAUCUUUUGAGGGUUGUGUUUGGACCAAUUCCUUUUUCUGGGUUUUGGUGGGCAGCUAUAGGAUAAAAACCAAAUUCUGUUUUUUUUUUUUUAAGUUAUUAGAAAUUGAGAAUCUUAGGAUUCUUUUUUGUAGGUAUGUGAAUUUCUUAUCCCUUAAUCAAAAGAAAUUUUUGGCUCUUACUAUAGUGUUCUUGUUUUCAACUCAUCUGGUUUGGCUAGGUGGAUAAGAAAGCAUCUUCUUUCCCAUACACCCUUUGAAAUGAUUUUCAAUCUGUAGUUUGGUUUUUAUCUCUUUCAUUUUUUUUUUCACUUUCUUCUUCUUCUUCUUCUUCUUCCCCUUCUUCUUCCCCUUCUUCUUCUUCUUCUUCUUCUUCUUCUUCUUCUUCUUCUCUUCAUCACCAUCAUACCUUGAAUUUGGAUUGUUUUUGUUUUUCCCCCAUGUCCAAGUGUUGGGUUUAAUUAGACAUUUCCCUGUAGAUUUGAUAGUGGGUCUCUCUUCUCUUUCUCUCUCUUUCUAAUAUUUCUUAACUGAGUUUAAGAAAGAGGUCAGACCCACCUCAUCACUUUGUCCAGUUUAAUUUGUGUCGGCUACUGGAUUGAAUGAGUUCUGCUUCAUGUAUUUGGGGUUUAGCUCAAACUUAGGGCAUCUUCUCUUGAUGCUUAUGUGUAUGAGAAGUUGUAGUUUAUAUGGUUGAUUAGAUUUCUUCCAUGAACUGGUUCAUUAAUGGUGGAGUUAUGGAAACUAAGGCCGGUUUGCUUGGUGGGGGUGGGAAGAUAUGGCUUCAAUUAUGGGAAACUGUCAUUGGGAAUUGUUGCAAGAUGUAUCACCAAUAUUAUCAGUAUAUUGGAUCCAAGAAAGUUAAAAAGACAUGGUGGAGAAGACUUUUGGUGGCUUGGGUUCUUAGCUCUAUUCUUGCCUCCUUAUGGAUCUUUCAUUACAUGAGCUCUCAAGCUACAGAGAAGAGAAAAGAAGCUUUGGGAAGUAUGUGUGAUGAGAGAGCUAGGAUGCUUCAAGAUCAGUUUAAUGUUAGUAUGAAUCAUAUUCAAGCAAUGUCCAUUCUCAUCUCCACCUUUCAUCAUGGCAAGAACCCAUCUGCUAUAGAUCAGAGGACCUUUGCGAGGUACACGGAAAGAACUGCUUUUGAGAGGCCUCUUACGAGUGGUGUGGCAUAUGCAGUAAGGGUGCUUCAUUCUGACAGAGAACGUUUUGAGAAGCAACAAGGCUGGACAAUUAAAAGGAUGGACAAAAUCGAACAAAGUCCAGUUCAUGAAGAUGACUAUGCUCCAGAAGAUCUGGAGCCAUCACCCACCCAAGACGAAUAUGCUCCUGUAAUCUUUGCACAGGAUACAAUUUCUCAUGUCGUUUCUCUUGAUAUGCUGUCAGGAGUGGAAGACCGUAAUAAUGUAUUACGUGCUAGAGCAUCAGGAAAGGGAGUCUUAACUGCUCCAUUCAAGUUAAUCAAAACAAAUCGUCUUGGGGUUAUCCUUACAUUUGCAGUCUACAAAAGAGAUCUUCCAUCAAAUGCCACCCCAAAUGAGAGGAUUCAAGCUACAGAUGGGUAUCUUGGCGGAGUUUUUGAUAUUGAGUCACUGGUGGAGAAGUUACUUCAACAACUUGCAAGCAACCAAACUAUCCUAGUGAAUGUUUAUGAUACCACUAACCAAUCACAUCCAAUCAGUAUGUAUGGUAAAGAUGUAUCAGAAGAUGGGUUGCAGCAUGUUAGUCCCCUGAACUUUGGGGAUCCAGAUAGGAAACAUGAGAUGCGAUGCAGAUUCAAACAAAAACAACCCUGGCCUUGGUUGGCAAUGACAACUUCAAUUGGCAUACUCAUUAUUGCCUUGCUUUUGGGGUAUAUAUUCCAUGCAACCUUGAACCGAAUUGCCAAAGUGGAGGAUGAUUAUCAUGAGAUGAUGGUACUCAAGAAACGGGCAGAAGAUGCCGAUAUUGCCAAAUCCCAGUUCCUUGCAACUGUUUCCCAUGAGAUCAGAACUCCUAUGAAUGGUGUUCUAGGAAUGUUGCAUUUGCUUAUGGACACAGAUUUAGAUGUGACUCAACAAGAUUAUGUUAAAACUGCACAAGACAGUGGAAAAGCUUUGGUGUCAUUGAUAAACGAGGUUCUGGAUCAGGCAAAAAUCGAAUCUGGAAAGCUUGAACUUGAAGCUAUACCUUUCAAUCUCCGAGCAGAUUUGGAUGAUAUUUUAUCACUCUUUUCUGGGAAAUCUCAAGAAAAAGGAUUGGAGCUGGCAGUUUACGUUUCAGAUAGUGUUCCUGAGACGCUUGUUGGUGAUCCUGGAAGGUUUAGGCAAAUCAUCACUAAUCUUGUGGGAAACUCGAUCAAGUUCACAGAAAAAGGACACAUAUUUGUCACUGUUAAUCUUGUCAAGGAGGUUAUUGAAUCGAUUGAUCUUGAGAUCGAGUCAUCAAAAAAUAGCACCUUGAGUGGUUAUCCUGUUGCCAAUAGACGCCUCAGCUGGGCAGGGUUUCGAACGUUCAGUCAAGAGGGAUCGACUGCUUGUCAUUUCAUGACAUCUCCACCAGACCUUAUUAACCUCAUGGUAUCUGUAGAAGAUACGGGUGUUGGUAUUCCUCUAGAAGCCCAAUCACGCAUUUUCACUCCCUUCAUGCAGGUUCGACCAUCCAUCUCUAGAACUCAUGGGGGAACGGGUAUCGGGCUGAGUAUUAGUAAAUGUUUGGUUGGCCUCAUGAAGGGGGAGAUUGGUUUUGUGAGUGUACCUAAGAUUGGCUCUACCUUCACAUUCACUGCGGUUUUCACAAACUGCUCGAAUUCAAGUGAGUAUAAUAACACACAACAAAUUAAGAACACUUCCAUCAGUGCAACCUCAGAAUUUAAGGGUAUGAGAGCCUUAGUUGUGGACCAUCAACCCAUACGGGCCAAAGUAUCGAGAUAUCACAUUCAACGACUUGCAAUAAAUGUCGAAGUCUUAUCAGACUUGAAUCAAUGUCUAUCUACCACAACUAUUAGUGGUUCGACUGUCAAUAUGAUUUUUGUUGAGCAGAAACUUUGGGAUCAGAAUGUGAGCACAUCGGAUCAUUUUAUCAAAAACUUGAGAAAUUCUUAUGCAGUUCCUCCCAAACUAUUUCUCCUUACUAGCUCCAUUAGUUCUUCAAAAGCUAGCACUACAGUCUCUGAUGUAUUCACUCCCACUGUCAUCUUAAAGCCAUUGAGGGCAGGCAUGCUUGCUGCCUCUCUACACCGGGUCAUGAAUGUGGGGAUCAAGGGUAACCCUCGCAACGGAGAGCUUCCUGUUCUCUCACUCCGCAAUUUACUUCUUGGUCGAAAAAUUCUGGUAAUAGAUGACAAUAAGGUGAAUCGUAUUGUUGCUGCUGGUGCUCUACAGCGAUAUGGAGCUGAUGUGGUAUGUGAAAACAGCGGACGAGAUGCAAUCCAACUGCUUACGCCACCCCAUCAUUUUGAUGCUUGUUUCAUGGAUAUUCAGAUGCCAGAAAUGGAUGGCUUUGAAGCUACAAGAAGAAUUCGGGAAAUUGAACAUCGAAUCAAUGAUGGUAUCCAAGUCGGAGAACUAUCAAAAGAAGCAUACGAGAAUACGUGUUAUUGGCGUGUACCCAUCUUGGCCAUGACAGCAGAUGUAAUCCAGGCUACACAUGAGGAAUGUCUUCGAUGUGGGAUGGAUGGGUACGUUUCGAAACCAUUUGAAGUUGAGCGACUUUACCGAGAAGUUUCUCAAUUUUUCCACAGUACCUCAAAUGGAACUUUAUAGAGAGCAAUCAUAUAAUCCGAGGUUGCCAAUGACAUUGGCCUGUUCAGUCAGGAAUGUACAGCAUGCUUAAAAGGGUGUAAAUUACCGCUGAGUAAUUGAAGGUGAAUCAACUUCUUGGAUUGCUUCAUAUUAUGUCAGGCAAGCCUAGAUUUUGUGGAAGAGUGUAAAUAAGUAGACAGACAUGAGUGGUCGGGUGGAGUUCUCGUCAUCAGACAAAUGAGAAACGUCACUAUAAUUUUUCGAAGGUCAGAAAUUCAAGAUUUAUUUGGAAGCAGAAUGAUUCAUUAGGGACUUUCUCAUAUGAAAGUAAUUAAAAUCUCUGUGGUUUGCAAUCUUUUUUCCUUAUUUUUAUGAUCAUCCUACAAGUUGCUCAUCGAAGGGGUCAAGAAAUGGCAGUGUAGAUAUCAAUUUGGAUGGAGGAAGAAUGUUGGGUGGCAACUAGAAGUAAAAAAAAACACUUUGUAUAUUAAAAAAAAUAUGUUUGAUUUGUAUUCAUACAACUUUACUUUUCUUCUCUUUUUGUUUUAGCUAAUUUUGUUGUAUACCUUUUCUAUUUCAGAUGAAAAUAGGUAAAAAACUUCACACUACAAGAUUUGAAAAAAAAAUUGAUAAUGUACAUUUCUUGGUGACAGUUCCCAUUCCUUCAGUUCAGUGUUCUGUAUAAAAUUGUUUAUUUAGUGGUUUC